CGUCCCGCCCGCGUCAUGCCGAGCCUCCCGGCCCCGCCGGCCUCGCGGCUGCUCCUCGGGCUGCUGCUGCUCGGCUCCCGGCCGGCCCGCGGCGCCGGCCCCGAGCCCCCCGCACUGCCCAUACGCCCGGAGCAGGAGCCGCUGCCCGUGCGGGGCGCGGCAGGCUGCUCCUUCGGCGGCAAGGUCUACGCCGUGGACGAGACGUGGCAUCCGGACCUGGGGGAGCCCUUCGGGGUGAUGCGCUGCGUGCUUUGCGCCUGCGAAGCGCCUCAAUGGGUUCGUCGUGGGAGGGGCCCUGGCAGAGUCAGCUGCAAAAACAUCAAGCCCGAGUGCCCAACCUUGGCCUGCGGGCAGCCCCGCCAGCUGCCAGGACAUUGCUGCCAGACCUGCCCCCAGGGCACAGAGCGCAGCGACUUGGAGCAGCCGCCGCCAAGCCUGGCCUUCGAAUAUCCGAGGGACCCAGAGCACCGCAGUUACAGCGACCACAGCGAGCUGGGGGCCGAGGAGCGCGCGCGCACCGAAGGCCACACGGACUUUGUGGCGUUGCUGACAGGGCCGAGGUCGCAGGCGGUGGCACGUGCCCGGGUCUCGCUGCAGCGCUCCAGCCUCCGCUUCUCCAUCUCUUACCGGCAGCUGGACCCCCCCAGCCGGGUCCGCUUCUCCGAUGCUUCAGGCAGCGUCCUCUUUGAACACCCUGCAGCACCCACUCAAGAUGGCCUGGUCUGUGGGGUGUGGCGGGCAGUGCCUCGGUUGUCUCUGCGGCUCCUUAGGGCAGAACAGGUGCAUGUGGCACUUGUUACACCCACUCACCCCUUGGGGGAAGUCGGGGGGCCUCUGAUCCGGCACCGGGCCCUGGCUGCAGAGACCUUCAGUGCCACCCUGACUCUGGAAGGCCCCCAGCAGCAGGGUGCAGGGGCCAUAGCCGUGCUCACCCUCAGUGACACAGAGGAUGCCUUGCAUUUUCUGCUGCUCUUCCGGGGGCUGCUGGAACCCAUGAAUGCCGGACCAGCCCAGGUUCCUGUGAGGCUCCAGAUUCUGCGAGAGGGGCAGCUGCUGCGAGAACUCCAGGCCAACACCUCGGCCCAGGAUCCAGGCUUCGCUGAGGUGCUGCCCAGUCUGACAGCCCAGGAGAUGGACUGGCUGGUGCUGGGGGAAUUGCAGAUGGCGCUGGAGAGGGCAGAUAGACCAGAGCUGCGCCUCAGGGGGUACAUCGCUGUCCGGCGGAGCUGUGAUGUCCUACAAAGUGUCCUUUGUGGGGCCGAUGCCCUGGUCCCUGUUCGCACGGGCGCUGCCGGCUCUGCCAGCCUCACCCUGCUGGGAAAUGGCUCCCUGCUCUACCAGGUCCAAGUGGUGGGGACGGGCAGUGAGGUGGUGACCAUGACCCUGGAGACCAAGCCUCAGCAGAGGAAUCAGCAUACUGUUCUGUGCCACAUGACCGGACUCCAGCCUGGAGGACACAUGGCUGUGGGUAUCUGCCCCAGGCUGGGUGCACGAGGGGCUCACAUGCUGCUGCAGAAUGAGCUCUUCCUGAAUGUGGGUACCAAGGACUUCCCGGAUGGAGAGCUGCGGGGGCAUGUGGCUACCCUACCCUACAGUGGGCACAGUGCCCGCCAUGACACAUUGCCUGUGCCCCUGGCAGGAGCCCUGGUGCUGCCCCCUGUGCAGAGCCAGGCAGCAGGGCAUGCCUGGCUCUCCCUGGAUACACACUGCCACCUCCACUAUGAGGUGCUACUGGCUGGGCUCGGUGGCUCAGAACAGGGCACUGUCACGGCCCACCUCCUAGGGCCUCCUGGGAUGCCAGGGCCCCGGCGGCUGCUGAAGGGAUUCUACGGCCCAGAGGCCCAGGGUGUGGUGAAGGACCUGGAGCCUGAGCUACUUCGACACCUGGCGCAGGGCACUGCUUCUUUGCUGAUCGCCACCAAGGGAAGCCCUAGAGGGGAGCUCCGCGGGCAGGUACAUAUCGCCCACCAGUGUGAGGUGGGGGCCCAGCACCUUGCUGCGGCCGGGACAGAGGGGAUGCGGAUGCCUGAGGCUUUGGAUGCAGCCACCAGACCUGUGAUGCCCGCUGCCCUGGCCCCUGAGGCCCCUGCACCUGCCAAACCUGGAGGUUCUGGGCGGCUCCGAGACCCCAACACAUGCUUCUUUGAGGGGCAACAGCGCCCCCAUGGGGCUCGCUGGGCACCCAACUAUGACCCACUCUGCUCCCUCUGCACCUGCCAGAGACGAACGGUGAUCUGUGACCCCGUGGUGUGCCCGACCCCCAGCUGCUCACACCCGGUGCAGGCGCCUGACCAGUGCUGCCCAGUGUGCCCUGAGAAGCAAGACACUAGAGACCUGCCGGGGCUUCCAAGGAGUCAGGACCAGGGAGGCUGCUAUUUUGAUGGUGACCGGAGCUGGCGGGCAGCAGGUACCCGGUGGCACCCUGUCGUGCCCCCCUUUGGCCUAAUUAAGUGUGCUGUCUGCACCUGCAAGGGGGGCACUGGAGAGGUGCACUGUGAGAAGGUGCAAUGUCCCCGACUGGCCUGUGCCCAGCCUGUCCGCGCUAACCCCACUGACUGCUGCAAGCAGUGUCCAGGGUCCCACCCCCAGCUGGGGGACUCCAUGCAAGCUGAUGGCCCCCGGGGCUGCCGUUUUGCUGGACAGUGGUUCCCAGAGAGCCAGAGCUGGCACCCAUCAGUACCUCCCUUUGGGGAGAUGAGUUGUAUCACCUGCAGGUGUGGGGCAGGGGUGCCCCACUGUGAGCGGGAUGACUGCUCACUGUCAUUGUCCUGUGGCUCGGGGAAGGACAGUCGAUGCUGUUCCCACUGUACACGUCGGCGGUCAGCCCCUGAGACCAGGACUGUUCCAGAGCUGGAGAAAGAAGCCCAAGGCUCAUAGGAAGCAGCCGGAAGGUCGUGUGACCAAGAGGCCAGGGUCUGAGUUGGGGGGCGAUGCCGAGGACGCUGCCUUCUUCCAUGUGGAAGCCCAGUGCCUUUAGCUCCUCCGUUCUGCCUCUUCUCCCCUCCCCCACUACCUCUGGGAACCAGGUGGCCAGGCUGGGCCGUGGCCAUACCCACUCCAGCUCUGCCCUGCCGCCCUCUGGCCUCUGCCCUGGAAGCCCCACCGUUUCCUUCUGUACAUAAUAAUGUCACUGGCUUGUUGGGAUUUUUAAUUUAUCCUCACUCAGCACCAAGGGUUCCCCCCCCACCCCACUCCUGCUGCCCCUGAGCUGAGCAGAGUCAUUACUGGAGAGUUUGGUAUUUAUUAAAACAUUGUUUUUCAGUC